UUGAGGGAGUGAAUGAUGUGGAAAAGAGGAAUGAGGGUUACAAAUGGCAACAUGCUCUGAAACGGUCUGUUACACAUAGCCUUUUGUUAUUUACGCAACUAUCCACACAGACAGCUCACCGUCACCGCCCUCACUCUUCCCCCGAACUAUACAUUUAAACUCUGACCAAUUUAUUUGUCGUACGAAUCCCCUUUGUAAAUAUAUUCUCUCAGAGAUCGCUCAGUUGUCUUGAUUUUGUGUAUCCUCAAAUAAGACAAGAGACGAGUAGUUUUUCUUUUUUUCUUUUUAAUUGCAGAAAGAGUGAUGGAGCUAGAGACAAUGGGAGACCAGAAAACCAUGGUGAUUGAUGUGAAGGAGAAACAGAAGAUCAAUGGACUACUAGAGGUGAAAGAAGAGCUAGUGCUGUUUCUUGAUGAAGAUGACAUUAUUGGAAGUGUUGCUGCUGAUGGGAAUUUUACUUCACUGCCAAAGCCUUUGGAGGGGCUGCGUGAUGUAGGUCCACCACCCUUCUUGAAGAAAACGUUUGAAAUGGUGGAUGAUCCUGAUACAGACUCUAUAAUCUCCUGGAGUAACACCCAAACCAGCUUUGUUGUUUGGGAUCCUCACAAGUUCUCCAUUCAUCUUCUACCUAAACACUUUAAGCACAACAAUUUCUCCAGCUUCAUUCGCCAGCUUAAUACCUAUCGUUUCAGGAAAGUUGAUUCAGACAGAUGGGAAUUUGCAAAUGAGGGGUUUCAGAAAGGAAAGAAGAAUUUGCUGAUAAAUAUCAAAAGGAGAAAGCAGUAUUCUCAGCAAGGAGGAUCAGCAAAAUCCUGGCUAGGUUCUUGCAAGGAUGGUGGAACUGAUCAGGCAGAGAUAGAAAAGCUGAAAAAGGAUCAGAACACAUUGAAGAUGGAAAUCCUGAGGUUAAAACAACAACAGGAGAGCACAGAUAGCUAUUUAGCUACUAUGAAGGAGAGGUUACAGAACACUGAGACAAGGCAAAAAUAUAUGGUCAUCUUUAUGGCAAAAAUAUUCAAGAACCCCCUCUUUGUUCAGCAUCUCGUGGAGAAGAUGAAACAGGGUAAGACUUUAGACAAUGGCAGAUUUACAAAAAAGAGGAGGUUGACUAACGCUACCACAGAUGGUGAUGAAAAGAGUCUACAAUUUCAAGAGGAAUACACAACAAUUAAGUCUGAAAUACAAACUCUCUUCUCUUCUGAUGAUUCGAGCGGUCCAGUUGAGGAACAAAAGGCCAAGGGAAAUAAUAGCCCAGACAUACUACCUGAGAACUAUAUAUUGUGGGAAAAGCUGAUGGAAGAUGAUAUGAUUUGUGAGAAUGGAGAAGAAACAGAUAAAUAUCAAAGUGAAAUUGUUCAUGAACUCGAAGAUUUGAUCUCAAAGCCAUCAGAGUUGAAGUGUAUGCCUUAAGGAAUAAUUAUGAAGCAGCUUUGUUCAAGAGACGUGAUCUCAAUUCCGUUUCAGCUGGACUGAUGGAUGGUCUCUAUCAGUUGGUAGCGACUGACAAUGUACAUAGUUUUUACAGAAGAAACAAAUUUAGGUUGUAGUUUGGUAGGUGCACAGGAGCAUAUUGUAGGAACCCCGUGUGUUACAUAUUAUAUUACUCUUGCCUUUUCUUCCUGGCUUUGCAGUAAUACAGUUUCUCAGCUUUGGUUCCAAAAGCGUGGGUGACUUAUCAAUCCGGAUGUGUGUAUGGAGUUGAGUCUCCCAGAAUUUGUUAUCUGCGGAAGGGUGAGGGUGAGAGCUGCAUACUAUUUAAUUUGUGUCCAAAAACGAAAUAAUUUUCCACAAAAUGAUCCUGCAAAGUUUUUAUGUACUAGUAUUUGUUAUAAAUCUAUUUACAUUAUAGUAAAUGUGUAUUAAUAUCAACUAUUGAUUAAGAUUUGAAGCAUCCGUCUUUCACUCA